AUGAAGUCCUUUCUGUCAACCGGCGCCGCUGCCGCGCUCAUCGCUUCCGCCGGCCUCGUCAGUGCUCAGUCGCCAUACAGCAUUGAUACCACCGAUAACAUCAAGAAGUCGGCCAAGCAACUCGCCGCCGACUUGAUCGAGUACUAUCAUGGUCUUGACCCAGGCGGUAUUCCUGGUAUUCUCCCUGGUCCUCCUCCCAAUGGUGACUACUACUGGUGGGAAGGCGGUGCCAUGUGGGGGACGUAUAUGGAUUACUGGAAGUGCACCGGCGAUGCGACCUACAACGCAAAGGUAAUUCAAGCCAUGCAGUUCCAAACUGGUGACGAUAACGACUACCAACCCGGUAACGUUACCUUGUCCCUCGGAAACGACGAUCAAGGUUUCUGGGGAAUGUCGGCUAUGCUUGCUGCCGAGCUCAAGUUCCCCAACCCUCCAGAGGACAGACCUGGCUGGCUGGCCCUCGCCCAGGCUGUCUUCAACACCCAGGCAGCUCCCGACCGACACGACAAGACUUGCAAUGGAGGUCUCCGAUGGCAGAUUCCUCCCACGAAUAACGGUUAUGACUACAAGAACAGCAUUGCCAACGGCUGCUUCUUCAACCUUGGCGCUCGACUCGCUCGUUACACUGGCAACACCACAUAUGCCGACUGGGCCGAGAAGACGUGGGAGUGGGUAGAGGGUGUGGGCUUCCUUGAUCCCACCAGCUACAAGAUUUAUGACGGAGCUCACGUCGGAACCAACUGCACCGAUAUCAACAAGGCCCAGUUCUCUUACAACGCCGGUGUCUACCUGCAGGGUGCUGCUUUCAUGUACAACUAUACCGAUGGUGAGAAGAAGUGGGAGCAACGCUUAACCAAGCUCGUCGAUGCCACCCUCGAUAACUUCUUCCCCGACGGCAUUGCUGUCGAAAUCGCCUGCGAAAACCACGGCACCUGCACCACCGAUAUGCUUUCGUUCAAAGGCUAUGUCCACCGUUGGAUGUCUCAAGCCACUCACCUCGCUCCUUACAUCUCUGACAAGAUUCUUCCCGUACUUCAAACGUCGGCUGAAGCAGCCAUCAAGCAGUGCACCGGAGGUACCACCGGACGUGCCUGUGGUUUCAAGUGGGCAUCGGGCAAGUAUGACGGCAAGACGGGUGCUGGUCAGGAAAUGAACGUCCUUGCCGCCGUGUCGUCGUUGCUCAUGGAACACACCGAUCCUCCCGUGACGGCUAAGAAGGGUGGUAUCUCCAAGGGUAACCCCAACGCUGGCAGCGGAAGCACUACGCCUGGCAAGCACUACAAGCCAAUUACUACAGCCGACAAGGCCGGCGCUGGUAUUUUGACAUUCCUUGUUCUGUCUGUUGCAUGCGGCCUGUUUGGCUGGAUGAGCAUGGGCAAAUAA